ACAUGAUUCUACGUCUCACAUACGCACCACGCUUACAUUCAUAUUGGCGUCGGCGUGGGGAAGCCCAUAACCUUGCAUUCGCUGUCUGUACAGUCUUGACACAGUGUGGUUCAAACUGCAUUAGUAUAGUCUUUCGAAGGAGCAGUAUUGGUGCUUUCUUGAGGCACAAAUCCUGAAAACACCUGAUAUUUGAAUGAGUGACGCUCCCGAAGUAAAAGGGAAAGAAAUGGCAGACGAGGAUGGUUUCGUGGUGCGUUUAAGAGGUUUGCCAUGGGCAGUAACCGAUGACGAUAUCCUCAAAUUCUUCGAGGAUUCAAAUAUUGUUGGAGGUGCCGCGGGGAUUCACAUGACGUACACGAGGGAAGGAAGACCAACAGGUGAAGGUUAUUUGGAGUUGGGGUGUGAAGAGGAUGUUGAAAAGGCUCUCACGAAGCAUAAUGAACACCUUGGCCCUCGCUACAUUGAAGUUUUUCGUUCCAAACGGUCUGAAAUGGAGUGGAUGGUCAAACGAUCUGGGCCACCGAACGCUGCUGCACCUUCAUCUGACGAUGAUUGUUUUGUUCGUUUGCGUGGAUUGCCUUUCGGUUGCUCCAAGGAGGAGAUCGCGCAGUUCUUUACUGGGUUGGAGAUAGUGCCAAACGGAAUUACUCUACCUACGGACUAUUCUGGGAGGAGCACGGGCGAAGCGUAUAUUCAGUUUGCAACUUCUGCUCUAGCUGAGAGGGCUCUUGAGAAACACAAGGAAAAGAUCGGGCACAGGUAUAUUGAGAUAUUCCGCAGUAGUUUGAGUGAAGCUCGUGCAGCACUGGCCAGCAUUCCUCGAGGUGGAGGAGGAGGAGGUGGCCGUGGAGGCGGUUCGCACGAAGGUCGGUAUGGUGGGGGUGAUAGGUACGGAGGUGGUCGACCUAGCCCAUACGACCGCAAUGUAGAUCGCUACGGUGGUGGUCCAGGUCAAAUGCGCCAUGGAGGAGGGCACAUGAGAAGAAGAGAUCCAUACAUGCGUGGAGGUGAUUGGGGUAAUGGAGGACCACCACGAUACAUGGAACCAAGUUUCGAGCGGCCGCGAACGUUGAAAACCUUGUAUGGGGAUGAAGGAUCUGGACAUCGCAUCCACAUGCGUGGGUUGCCCUUCAGAGCGUCUGAGGAUGAUAUUGCAGAAUUCUUCCAUCCGCUGCACCCGGUUGCCAUCCAUAUUGGCUAUGAGCAAGGCCGUGCUUCGGGUGAGGCUGACGUUGAGUUUGCUUCUCACGAUGAUGCCGUCCGCGCUAUGAGCAGGGAUAAAUGUAACAUGCAACAUCGUUACAUUGAAUUGUUCCUUAACUCAACUGCUGGACCAGCAGGAUACGGCCCUCCAUAUGGAGGUGGUUACGAUAAUUGAUUUACUUAGUUCGUCCCCUGCGUUCUACCCCACAAUGAUUUUUGUCGGUUUAAUCUAUUCUGCUCCCCCCAUUUUUCAUAUAAAAAAUUGUGGCUCUGUCGUUUGUACGCAUUCCGUCUAAGUAAUACACACCACAUUUAAACGUAAA